AUGUAUUACCCGUCAUGGGAAGACUUCAGCCGUCCGCUGAUGGCCCCCGCUCUUGACUCGGAUCCCUUCAUCUUCCAGACCCUCGAUCCUCGUCAACAACCUCUCUGCCAUCCCUAUACACAACAACAGGAUAGCUCGUACAUACCCGCUCCGCCGCUGCCGGAACCCUUCCCAGAUCCCAUAAAGCGCGUUCCUUGUCGAUGGGGCAAUGAUUGCCACAUUCUUCUGGACGAUGUGAGUGCCGCUGGGCUCAUGCGGCACAUCAAGGAAUACCAUUUGAAGGGUCCAUGGAACAAGAAGACUCGCGGCACCUGCGAAUGGGACCACAGACACCACAGAUGCGGCCGGGAAAUGGCCUACGCGAGCUUCGGCAAGCAUGUCGCCGUCGUGCACUUGCGUGCGAACGUCAAGUGUCCGUAUUGCGACAAGGAUGUUAGGCGACCUGGGCUACUCGAGCGCCAUAUCUUGCGCUAUUGCCCCAUCACGACGCGGUCAUCAUAG